UUUCUGGACUGGAUAGGUGAGCUCUGCAUAGUUCUUGAGCCCUCUGCCUUCCCAACAGCCUAGCCCUCCCCUAAUCCCCCACCCCCGCAGGCUCGCCAUGCUUUCUUGGGGGUUGAGCUGUUUGUCCAUGCUGGGGGCUGCGGGCACCGCUCUCCUGUGUGCCGGUCUGCUGCUUGGCCUGGCCCAACACCUCUGGACCCUCCGCUGGACUCUGAGCCGGGAUCGGGCCUCUGCCUUGCCCCUACCCAAGGGCUCCAUGGGCUGGCCAUUCUUCGGUGAAACGCUGCACUGGUUGGUUCAGGGCUCUCGUUUCCACAGUUCACGCCGGGAGCGCUACGGAACCGUAUUUAAGACGCAUCUUCUCGGCAAGCCAGUGAUCCGCGUGAGCGGCGCCGAGAACGUGCGCACCAUCUUGCUGGGAGAGCACCGCCUGGUGCGUAGCCAGUGGCCGCAGAGCGCGCACAUUCUGCUAGGUUCGCAUACACUCCUCGGCGCGGUAGGCGAGCCCCAUCGGCAGCGGCGUAAGGUUCUGGCGCGCGUGUUCAGUCGCCCGGCUCUGGAGCAAUUCGUGCCGCGACUGCAGGGGGCGCUGCGGCGAGAGGUGCGCUCCUGGUGCGCCGCCCGGGGACCAGUGGCUGUCUACGGGGCAGCCAAAGCGCUCACCUUUCGCAUGGCCGCGCGCAUUCUUCUGGGUCUGCAGCUGGACGAAGCGCGAUGCACCGAGCUAGCCCAGACCUUUGAGCAGUUGGUGGAGAACCUCUUCUCACUGCCCUUGGAUGUGCCCUUCAGCGGCCUGCGCAAGGGCAUCCGGGCCAGGGACCAGUUGUAUCAGCACCUGGAUGAGGCCAUUGCUGGGAAGCUUCAUGAGGAACAGGCAGCAGAGCCAGGUGAUGCGCUGCACCUGAUUAUCAACAGCUCUAGGGAGCUGGGCCAUGAGCUCUCUGUGCAGGAGCUGAAGGAGUCGGCUGUGGAGCUCCUCUUCGCGGCCUUCUUCACCACGGCCAGCGCCAGCACGUCGCUCAUCCUGCUGCUUCUGCAGCACCCGGCAGCCAUCGCCAAGAUCCAGCAGGAGCUGUCAGCGCAGGGGCUGGGGCACGCGUGCAGCUGCGCACCCCUGGCCACAGGGCCCAGACUGGACUGCAGCUGUGAGCCCGACCUUAGCCUGGCGGCGCUGGGCCGUCUGCGCUACGUCAACUGCGUAGUCAAGGAGGUGCUUCGCCUCCUACCGCCAGUGUCUGGGGGCUACCGCACAGCGCUGCGAACCUUUGAGCUGGACGGCUACCAGAUCCCCAAAGGCUGGAGCGUGAUGUAUAGCAUCCGGGACACGCACGAGACAGCUGCUGUGUACCGUAGCCCUCCCGAGGGCUUCGAUCCCGAGCGCUUUGGCGUGGAGAGUGAGGAGGACGCGCGGGGCUCCUGCGGUCGCUUCCAUUACAUCCCGUUCGGCGGCGGCGCGCGCAGCUGCCUGGGCCAGGAGCUAGCGCAGGCGGUGCUGCAGCUGCUCGCCGUGGAACUGGUGCGCACCGCGCGCUGGGAGCUGGCCACACCUGCCUUCCCGGUCAUGCAGACGGUGCCCAUCGUGCAUCCAGUGGACGGGCUGCGACUCUUUUUUCACCCUCUCGUGACUUUGGGUGCGGGGGAUGGGUUACACCUCUGACUCACCGCUCUUCUAUCCUUGACUCGCCCCGUGGCUGCCGCGCACACCCAGCGCUGCCCAUCUUCAGCGCCCUAGGUCCGCAUCGCGCGCACAUU